AUGACUGAUAAAGGUGAACAGAGUAAGCAAUCUCUUGCAUCAUUAACGCAAGGAUUUAUACAUCUCUUAACAAACUCCGAAGAUGUCGAAAUUGAAAUCACAAAAGCCUCCGAAAUGUUAGAUGCAUCUAAAAGAAGACUCUACGAUGUAACAAAUGUUCUACAAGGUGUAGGCCUCGUAGAGAGAUGUGGAAAAUCUAAAAUAAAGUGGACUUCAAGAAAUUCAAAGGCAGAUGCUCAGAGUUAUCACAAUGCAUUACUAGAAAAAGAAAAAGAACUCAUUCAAAUUAGUAGUUUUCUUGAUGCAAAAAUAGAAGAAUUUACAAAUUCAGAAGUAUUUAAUAAUCUAGGCUGGGUAACGGAUUUUGAUAUACAGAAAUGUAAGAAAGAUAGAAAUUCGAAAGUAUUUGCGCUAAAAGGACCGGCGUCACUUGCAGUUCAAGUAGAUGAAACAGAAGAUGGAACUUAUAGAAUGGUAUGUCAAUCUGAAGAUCAGCCAAUAUCUUGGACACCAAUAGGGCGUAAUUGA